AUGCGGAUCACUGGAGCAACUGGCUUCAUUGGAUUUGCCGUCCUCACAAAAGCACUUCAGUCAGGAUAUCGUGUUCGCAUAGCUGUCCGCCGAGAAGUGCAGAUUGAGACAUUGAAAAACCAUGCCCUCAUUCAACCGUUCGCGAAUCAGCUAGAGGGUAUCAUAGUACCAGAUAUAACAGCGGAGGGUGCCUUUGACGAAGCUUUGAAAGAUGUUGUCGGAGUUUUGCAUUUGGCUAGUCCCUUACCUUUUCUAGUGAGUUCCUCAUAUAACUGUCAAAAAGCGAGGUACUGAUUGAAACAUAGCAAUUUGAAGACACAGAAAAAGAAAUCAUCGUACCAGCAAUCGAUGGAACGCUCAGCAUACUGACUUCAGCUCUGAAGUUCCCCCAGAUUAAGCGGGUGGUCAUAACAAGCAGUGCCGUAGCAAUCAUGACUGAUCAAGCCAUCGAGCCCUCCAACCCGCCAAUCACCUAUACAGCCAAGACGAGAAUCACUCCUCUUCCAUCCGCUCCAUAUCCAACUGAUAAUUGGGGAGCCUAUCGUGCUGCGAAGGCACUUUCUUUAGAUGCAACCGAGCGAUUCCUCGCGGAGAAAAAGCCCCAUUUUACCAUCAUAAACUUGCACCCUGGAUACGUCGUCGGAAGAAAUGAACUCGUCACAAAGCCGGAGGAGUUAUUGGGUGGUAGUAAUGCGGUCGCUCUUGGUGUUGUUUUGGGGGCAGUCAAGGAUGCUAUGCGCGAGGCCUUUACCACGCCUAUUACUGAUUUGGCUCGGAUUCAUGUCGAGGCUCUUGAUGACAAAAUUGUGGAAAGCCAAAGUUUCUUACUCAUUGCCGGAAAGGACGGCGAAAAGGCAGAUUUCAACGAAGUGAACGAGAUUGCGAAGACUUAUUUUGCAGAUGCUGUAUCUGAGGGUAUUUUGAACCCGGUCGGAAGCACUGAACCUGUUUAUCAAGAUGUGGAUAAGAGCAAGACAACGGCUACCUUUGGGCAUCUGGACUCGUUCAGGAACGCUGCUAAAGCUGUGAUCGGUCAGUACGUUGAGCUGAAAAGGAAAGCGGCAAAGGCUUAA